AUGGAUUGGGACGCCACAUUAAAGCAAAGGAUGAAUCAAAUAAAUGAGCUUAAUGAGUUUCAUUUAAAUGCAUAUAAGAGAGCAGCCUUGUACAAAGAGCGAAUAAAGAAGUAUCACUACCAAAAGAAUGAAAAGAGCACAUUUGCACCUGGAGAUCUAGUCCUUCUUUUCAACUCAAGGAUGUGUUUAUUUCCUAGCAAACUCAAGUCAAAGUGGUUAGGACUACUCCAAGGGAGUCAAGUUUUUCCGCAUGGUGCAGUUGAGCUAGAAAAGAAGGAUGGAAUGAAAUUCAAAGUUAAUGGUCAAAGGAUCAAAGAAUACAUUGGCACAGAGGAUGAGAUCAAAAUUGUGGAAGCAUGGAAGCUUAGUGAAUUCUGA